AUGCCUCAACUCGUACAAUCUUGCAAUUGGUCACCGUCGACGGGGCUGCCAGCUCUCGCGAAGCUAGGUCAAGCAACUACUCCAACCGUCGCACUCGCGCUUCAACAGUUGAGGAAUCUCUACUGGCCCACGACGUCCAUCCCGCAAGCUCUCGCUAUCAAACCUCGUCCCCGACAGAAUAAGCCUAUGCUCAUUUCCCUUCGAAGCAGCGAUUUAGUCCCAGAUUCUGGUUAUGCGUCUGCAGAUUCCGACGACGACGGCGAAGACGAGUGCAAUUUCCGGGCCCGUGCAUCGUCCAAAUACCCGCCUGCCACCCCAUCGCAGUCAUCGAUCCCGCAUGGUCAUAUUGACUCCGAAGGGUCAGAGACAGACGACGAUAUCGAUUUGAUCCGCUCCGAUGUGCUGGAACGUACAUUCGCUAUCAAGUGGAUUACCGGAUUCAUUUCUCGGUCCGACGUUUGGCUGGCUGCCAUAGAUGUAGACGCUGACCAGGACGACGAAACAGACGCUCGUUCGCAGCUCGUAGAUACCGCAUCGCAAAUACUUUCUGCGUUCUCUUCUGUCGAACCAGACGACGAUGAAGCCGCCUCAAUUACAAGGACGUUCUCCUUCUCAGUUGGAGUCGAGGAAUCAAAGAUGCUCGAUGUGCAGCUCAACGAUGCCGCCCUGCUUAGCGAAGAUCACACAUCGGUGGGCCUCCAGAGCUGGGGAAGCGCUAUCAUCCUCGCCGAACGUCUCUGCAAAUCUCCAGACCGUUUCGGCUUCAACAUGCCUUCCGGACGAAAACUACGAGUCCUCGAGUUGGGUGCAGGCACUGGCCUUCUUAGUAUCGUCGCCGCCAAACUAAGUCCUUCGAGUACCGUCGUUGCAACCGAUUACCAUCCCGACGUUUUAUCCAACCUCUCUUUGAACGUCGACUCGAACUUUCCUCGUGCUCCCUCGCGCGACAGCGUUUCCGUCCACAAGCUCGAUUGGGAAUCUCCGUCCUUCGAGGCCCCGUUCGAUCAACCCUUCGACGUGAUCCUCGCUGCCGACGUAGUGUACAAUCCCCAACACGCACAGUGGAUACACGACUGUGUCGAGCGACUCCUGACGAAGCCUGGAAGCGAUGAUAUUCACAGCAGACGCAGUGGGGAUGGUGGAGUCGGUGUCUUCUGGCUGAUCAUCCCGUUACGCUCUAUUGGGAGACAUGAAGGGUUAUACGAAACGGUGGACGCGGUGUUCGGGGACGCUGAGAGGCAGCGAGGCAGCGAAACGGGGUGGAAGUUAGCGAUUCUGGAGAGGCAAGAACUUCAGCGGCACGCAGGGGGCGUCGGGCGAGUUGAUGAAGCUGGCUACAGGUUAUUCAAGAUUGGUUGGGCUAGGGGGUAG